AUGUGCUCCUCCUCAGCGGCCCAGAAGACUCUGGAGGAGAUGGUGAAGAAGGACAAAGUGGUGGUCUUCAUUAAAGGCACCCCCGCACAGCCCAUGUGCGGCUUCAGCAACGCCGUCGUCCAGAUCCUCAGAAUGCACGGGGUCGACAACUAUGCUGCUUAUAAUGUGCUGGACGAUCAGGACAUCCGAGAAGGAAUAAAGACUUUCUCCAACUGGCCGACGAUUCCACAGGUGUUCUUCAACGGUGAGUUUGUCGGCGGCUGCGAUAUUCUUCUUCAGAUGCAUCAGAGUGGAGAUCUGGUAGAGGAACUUCAGAAGCUGGGAAUCAGGUCGGCUCUCUUGGAUCAAGAAAAAGAGUCCAAGUAG